AAAAAGGACGGGUUAGUUUGUUGGGCGCGGUCUGUGUGUUUGCGACGCAUUCGAGACUUUACGCUACCAACUCGUUUCCUUUAUCAGAUUGUCAUAAUCUUACCACUUCGUUAAUACUGACUGUCGUUGGUUGUUUUGAUUAUUAAACGUGAGCGUAUCGCAUGUAAUCAGAGUCGUCGGCUUACUUUUUCUUUUAUUCUUUCAUCCAGAUUUCACCAUAAAUUGCUUCUCACACUCCUCCCAACACACAGAGUACUUUAAGUCUGGACGCAAACCUGCAAAAAGCUGAACGUCAUGAAGACAAAAGAGUCUCUGAAAAAACUACAGGAUGCUGAUAAAGUUUUCGAUUUAGUGCAAAGGCUUUCUUCAGAAGACAGUGCAGUUGCUAGCAUAGCUUGCAAAGAAGCCGAUGAUUUUCUUAAACAAAAGUGCAGUGAUGGCAAGUGCUAACGCUAGUUUCCUUUUUAUGGUAACUAUAGGUUUUGACAGAUCUGUUAUCAAUAAAUUGGACCAACCUUCAAAAAACUUAGGUAAUACUUAUUGUUUGUGUCUUUCACUUGAAAUAUGUGUAUAGAAUUGUGUUUCUUGUGUUAUUUAGUGGUUUAUUCCUCUUUGACGGGAAACGAUCAAUAUUGGUUGGGUCCGCUAUGUGUCCUGUUUUUAGUGAUGCCACUUGAAAUAAGUUCAGGGCUAACAGACACGAUCUCAUUGUAAUUUUGACUAAUUUUGAUCCCUUAUUCACAUGGCGUACUCCUUAAAUACUUGAUAUUUUUAGUCCUUAGGAGGGGCUACUACACAUAUUUUCACGUCGUACUCAUGAAGUUCUUUGAGUACUACUUUGAGGGCUGUUUUAGCAUUCAAUCUGGGGCGCUUUCCAGCGUUCCACAGGAAUCUGAUGUAUCUGUACUCGUGAAAACUCCUAUUCAUUCACUAAUGUACAGCGAACUCAUAUAUGCACAUCGAUAAAGUCCCUGCUACUUCUCUGUAAAAAGAGUAAUGUUUGACAAAAAUCCAAAAUUGACACCACUGAUGUCAGUUUCAUCUCUACUAGAUAGCGUUUCCUUCAUCUGAACUGUAGUCAGUAUAGUUUUCCGAGAAAAUAUUGGUGCAAAUGUACUGGUGUAAGGUUACGUUAGCGAUAAAUUAAAGUUGUAUUAUCUUUAGGGUUCUGUUUCGGAAAAUCAUUGUUUCUCGUGUUCCAUAACUGGGGAUUUUCGGAUUACUGAGUGUCAAGUCAGUUGUCUGUGCAUAAAAAUAAGGUUGUCAAAAACCAUAAUAAUCUCAAGUUUCUGAAGACUAAACUUAAUGUUCAAAAUACAAAUGAUUUACCCACGUGAAAAUAUUUGCUUAAUUAAUGAGGAUUAGAUGUUAUUUUGCCGUAAAAACUAAAGCGAAAACUGUACAAUCAAAAGCUUUCAACCAGUCGAAAAUGUUAGUCACAUAUCAGGCUAACAUUUGGUUGAAGUAUAAUAUCUUCUAUGAAUACUUUUGAGAUACAAAUGGGAUGAAAUUCACUAUUAUUUAUCAUUUAAACACAAACAUACAAGAAGGCACCAAACAUAUAUAUGCGCCACAUAAAUCAUUCGAUUUGUGUGAUGGCUGGGAUACUACCUGGGUGUCCAAACCGAAGCAGGAUAAAAUUCAUAAUAUCAGACGUCCAUCAUACUUCCUAUCACCAAUUUUCUGCAAUUGCAAAACGAAUUUCUAAAAAUCAGGUGUAAUAGUUGUAAUUUCUGUUCUAUAGUGUAAUUAAAAACUCACUUGUGACCCUUCAAUUUUAAACCUUCCUAACUUUCUUUAAACACUCGGCCGCUCGUCAUCAGCCUAGGGUCUGGUUGCCAUAAACGUCCUCGGAAAUGUCAUCUCAUGAUUGACCUAUUUUAUUCUAGAAAGCUGAUGGGGUUUGAUAUUUAUACGUGGAUUUGAAGUAAGACUUAUUUGUGAGCAUAUCAUUUCUGUUUGUGAAACUAAGUUUGGACCAUGACCAAUCCAGUAUUCCAGGCUAUAUCUUGAUUACUACUCAUCAUCACUCUCAUAUGAUCAAUUUAUUCAGCAAGUUUCCUUCAUGCCAGUUAAAUUUGAUCUCUUAUUAUAUCGAAAGGUCGUUCUGAAUAAUUUUAGUAAGCUUUGCCACGGUCCAAUUCUAGUUUAUAUAGAAAACAAAUGCUCUCGUUCUGGGUCGACGGCUUAUUUUAAUGGACUAAAGUUGAUGUUACUUCGUUCAGCGAUCAUACCUAGUCGUUAUCUCCUCUUUUGGUAUGCUUUGUAUUCUUUGUGAACUUGUGAACGGUUUAGAUACAUUCGGAUAAAUAGUUGAUAAUGAUAUAGACAUUAAUUUCCUUAUACUUUUUGUUGUACUCCUACCCCUUCGUCUAGAUCUGUGUACACUUUUUUCCUUCAUAAUCAGGAUAGAACUAGGCACAAAUGUACGUUGACCUGCUUUGUCAUUAUUGUAUAAGCAGGAUGAAGUGAAAAUAACAAGAUGAAUGGCGAAAGUGAUCGAAAUAAUGUGGCAAAGAUGGUAGUGAGGAAGGCUGGACAUUAGAAAUGUGGUUCGAAAAGACAGAGUGAAAAAGUCUAUAUCAAGGAAUGCUUGAACUUAGGAUAAAUAAUGAAUGCAUCUGCUCCAUUGCAAGUGAUUGUGACCGAUUUUUUUUCAAAGUCCCCGACUACUGAUCUUGAUUAUCAUGAGGACCCCAACCAAGUAGUCUGCAUUUACCAAAAUGGCUCAGAUCAACAGUCAGUGACUUCAUCGACUGAUACCAUGUUCUGGCUUAGACGACUACAGAUUUCUUCCAUCUUACUCCUGCUCUACCCAACAUUUCAUGUCGAAAUUUUCAGUGGUUUGUCAUGCUUGACACGUCCAGACCAACUUAGUUAAUGAAGGUUCACAACUUCACCAACCUAUUUGUCAAGUGUUCCUGGUACUUAACUCACUCGGUCGUUCCUCAAAACAUGAACAAUGUUUCUAAGACACAUGUGAUCAAAAAUGUGAGGUGCAUAUAUGUCUUUUACUUUCAGUCAUAAAGUAAUAUAGAGCGGAUUGUUGUUCAGUUUACACACCCUUUAUUUGGUAGAUGGAUAUCUCUCCAGAGCCACAAGUAACACAUGUUGGCAAAUGCCAACCCUAGUUUCAGAUUUUGUCAGGCGCUAACCCACCACAGCUGAAAGGACUUACAAUAUAAGUGGUGUUAUGCAUAGAAAAAACAUAUGUGACGGUAUCAGGUAAAAGUAGAAAUAGUAGAUCUCCAUUACAAAAGCAUAGUGUUUUCAUUUUCUUAAACAGGGACUACAUAUUUGUUAUACAUGAGUUUAGUAUUCAUAGGCUUAUUGUUGAAAAUUCAUUUCUCCCGAAGAACACCUAGGUGUAGUUCAGUUGACACUGUUCUUAUUAUUCCUACCCGUUAUCUUAUUCAGAUGAGAAACAGUUUUCAUAUACAUUUCCCAUGGAAAUUUAACAAAAGAACGUGUAUGAAUUUACAUUCACUAUAUGUAAAUGAUACAAUUUUCUUGUGUUAUAUAGUUACUGGUUUUGGAACUUUUCCACACAGAUGAUGUAACUGGAAAAGGGGAUGAUGUGACUGCAUUUAUGACUGCGGUUGCACAGGACGCACAAGAACGUGCUGAGCGACGAGCUAAGCAACGAGAACGUGCGGAUAAACUCAAGGAUCGUGCAAAUACAUUUUUCAAAGCUGGAAACUGUAAAAAAGCUGUUGAGUUGUAUUCACAGGCAAUCGAUGUGGCAAAGGAUUACGAUAUUUUAUAUACUAAUAGAGCUCAAGCCUAUCUUCGUCUUGGUCAGCCUGAUUUAUCACUAAAAGAUUGUGACACUGCUUUACUACUAUUUCCAGAAGCUCAAAAACUAAAUUCUGAUAUAAAAUCUACAAUGGUGAAUAAUAAUAAUCGUGAUGUUGUUUCUAAUCCUCGUCUAGCUAAAGUUUAUUUACAUCGUGGUAAAGCAUUAAUGUCCCUUAAUCGACCAUCAGAAGCACUUUCCGCAUAUUCAUUAUCUCGUUAUUAUUCAGCAUCAAAAACUGAAAAAUAUACAUCGACAAAACUGAAUAGUGAAAAAUGGCCAAAUUAUUUAAUUGAAUAUGUUUCACAAGCUGAAGCUGCUUUAAUUGCUCAAGAAGCCGAUGCAAAAGCUGAAGCAAAUUUCGCCCAAUCAGCCAUAGGCUUUAAAUUAAAUGUGAAUGAUGAAAACUCGAAUAAUAUUCCUUCUAGCCAACAACUUUUAAGUCUCCUAGCUCAAUUAGCUCGAAGAAAUCAAAAUUCUAGAUACUAUAGCGCAGGGUUACGCUAUAUGAAUCGUCUUUUUAUGAAUGCUCCGAAAACUAAGCCUACAACAACCACAGAAUUAAAUAAUACAGUUUAUGACUCAAAAAUUGGACCUUCAGAAUCUUCUAACUGUAAUUCAGAAAAAAAGAAAUCUAAUAAGAAAAGCAAAGGUGCACAACAUAACUCACCAAUUUCUGAUGAUUCCAGUAGUAUCAACAUCGAUAAUCAUCUGUCCACUGAAACUUUGUCAGAGCUACAAACGAUUUUUCGCAUAAAAAGUGGAUUUAGCCUUCUGGGUAAAGAAGUUGAUGCAAUCUAUCAAAUUUUCAAUCCAGAUAAUAUUUAUGAAAAAGAGAUGUUAAUGCAACAAUCAAAUGUCAAUACAUCUAAUCAAAAUAAUGACAUAACUGAAAGUGGAAGAGAAGAUAAUGGUGUAAAUGAAACCAAUUCUUACUCACUACUUGAUGAAUCUGAGAGAAUGCUUGCUUUACUUAAUCUAGCAGAUCAUUUAACAACAAAUUGUGCAGAAAAUCAACGAUUACUCAUUGAACAUCAACCGAAUUUAAUUAAAAUUACAUUUGCUUGUAUUAAUUUAUCACCUGAGUUUGUUCAACGUAUAACACUUCAUUCAACAAUAACACCGUCAUCAUUGUCAUCGAAAAAUAUCAACUUAACUAUAGAAAAACAACGAAGCCAACAUAUUCUUGGUGCACUUAGACUAGCUGCUUGUAAUUUGUUGGUUAAUUUGACUUCAUUACCAAGUGGUCGACAAUCUUUAUUAGAUAUGUAUGGACCUGGUCCUAUUCUGACAAGUUUAGCAAGUUGUUUAUCCACUUCAAUGUCCAAUUCCUAUCAAGUGACUUCUCCAACCUUAACACCAACAAACACUUCAAGUUUAGCUGAUGCAGCACGUGGAUUAAUUGGCCGUUUAUCAUCAUCAUCUGGAUUAGCUAGUAAAACAAAUAGUAAUAAUAUAGACACGGCUAAAUCCAAUUUAAUUUCAUCGACAAUAGCUUCAGUUUGUGCUACAAAAGCUGCACAAAUAUUGGAGUAUUUAACAGAAAGUUCAAGAUUCCUUAUACUUGCUCGAUCUUCUAGUGAAGGUUUACAAGGUCUUUUGUCAAUCAUUGAGUCUGCUUUAACUUCUUCAUCUCCAACUACUAAUACCAAUCAACCAUCAUCGACAACAUGCCAGUGUCUAGCUACUUUGUUAGACAGUUUAGGCAAUGCUUGCCAAGAUCGUACUUUUCAAAAAACUAUUCUACAAAGUCGUAAAGCUUUAUUAUUCGGAUUAUCUAAUUGUCUUUCAUAUCAUGUCCCACUGCUGAGUGAUGCUAGUCAUGCUUGCUUAAUCGCUUCAAUUUGUCGAUUAUUACAUAAUAUUUAUGUGGGACAAUUGGAUCAGCCAAUGGUGACUAAUAACAAUAGCUUCAGUUUGUUAGAUACUCCAAAUAAUGAUUGUUCAACAUCUUGUUUAACAUCAAGCAAAUUAGUUAAUUCUUUACUGAAUGGUAUUGGUGCUAUUUUAGAUCAAAUUGGUCAUGGACCAGAAUUGAGAGCUGUAGUUGUUGCUUUAGCCGGAAGAUUAUUACCUCUAUGUCAUGAUACUAAUCAACUUACAUCUUGGUUUGGAGAGCCUACAACUGAGUCAAUUAACGACUUAACACCACGAACUCGUCUACUUCUUGCAAUUUUAGAUAGCUGUUCAUUAGAUUCGUGUUCUAAACGUAAUCCUGUCAAUCCAUCAUCCGUAAAUGGUGAACAACAACAAUCAAAUGGAAAUAUUUCACAGUCGAAAAAUGAAACAAACAAUAUGACAUCUCAUUUAAUUACUGGAUGUAUUCGUUGUUUAGCUUUGGGUACUAAUCAUUCAAUUAGUUUACGUUAUGCAAUUGGUGAUGAUAGACGACGUGUUCGACGUUUAGCACGUUUUAUUCGUGCACGAUUAUCGGAAUACACAAUUCAAUCACCAUUUAUUUGUAAAUUGAAUGUUUCAUCAAAUCAACUACCACCUAGAGAUGAACCAUUGGCAGGAAAUGUUUGUUUAGUUUUACAACAUUGUGCUUCAGAUACACCAUUAGCUGAACAUCUUCAAGGUACUUCAGUAAUAUAUGAUUUAUUAUCACUGAUACAAGAAAGUCAACGAUUAGAUACUAAAAGGAAUGCAGCAAUACUUAUUGGUAAAUUAGCUCAAUCAAGUCAAGUACAUCGAGAUGAACUUUCACGUUUAGAUGGUUAUAGUGUAUUAACGCCGUUUAAUUCAUGGACUGCAGCAUUGGAACGUUGUUAAACAUACAUAAAUAUGGAUAUUAUUUUAGGUGUCUUUCAUUAAAGUUGAUAUUAUUUCCAGUGAUACAUUUACUCUUGAUCAACAUUAAUUAUUAAACAAGUGUUCAUAUUAGAAAAUUCCUGGAACUUGUUUAACUUACAUUGUUUGUUUUUCUCUUCAUUAUUCUAUUUUAAAAACAGAAACUUUUUUGUCUAUCUAAUUGUGUAUAGUGUGUGUGUGUGAUGUUAAUGUUUAAUAUGAAGAUUCGUCAUCGGAAAUGUGUGAUAAUUAAUGUGCAUGAAAUAGUGGGAAUUAUGUCACAAACAUUACAGACAAUUGUUUUAAUAUAUAUACUAGUGAAAUUUCCCGGCAAUAGGAACCCGUGCUCUUUUUAAAUAACAGAAGAGUUGAAUUUUAUAAGUGUCAUUAUUAUUAAUAACUUGAAAACAUUUCCCGGAAAUUAUUCAACAUUCUGAAAGACUUUGUUUUUGUUUUCAGGAUUUCUUUUUAUACAAAAGUUCACAUUAGUUUUAAUCUUCAUCAAAUCGUAUAUACAUGAUAUUAUUUUUACAUUGAAAACCUAAUUUUUCAUAAAAUCCAACUUUUUCAUUACUACAAUCAAGUGAAAUUUUAUAACAUCCCAUAUGUUUUCCUAUACGAACCAGGGUAUCAACAAGUCUGGAAAUAAUAGAUAAACAAGUUAAUCACUGGG